GCCCGCCCGACGCCCUAUCCGCCGGCAGCGCAUGCGCGCCGAUGGAAGGAGCGAGCAAGAUGGCGGCGGUGAUUCAAAACGUUGUGAAGAACAUCGGCGAGCAGUACUACAAGGAUGCCAUCGAGCAGUGCCACAACUACAACGCCAGGCUCUGCGCCGAGCGCAGUGUUCGCCUCCCCUUCCUCGACUCACAGACCGGCGUCGCCCAGAGCAACUGCUACAUCUGGAUGGAGAAACGACACCGGGGGCCAGGAAUGGCCCCCGGACAGCUCUACACCUACCCUGCCCGCCGCUGGAGGAAAAAGAGGAGAGCCCACCCUCCGGAGGACCCCCACCUCAGCUUCGCGGCCCUCAAGCCAGACCUGGAUUUGGGAAUGAAGAAAGACAGUCUGGUGUCUCCAGAUGGCAGCAGCCUCGAAGCAUUGCUACGUGGCGAGGCGCUCGAUAAACAGAGGGGUUUGUCCGACCACAGGGACGAUGACAGCCUCAAUGACUACCCAGUAAACAACAGCAGGGCACGAAAGAGAAUCCUGGAUCCGGACGAUUUCCUGGAUGACCUGGAUGACGAAGAUUACGAGGAAGACCUCCCGAAGCGCCGAAGCAAAGGCCGAGCCAAGGGUAAAGGAGUCGGCAGGAGCGCAAGGAAGAAAGCGAUGGAUGCUGCGGCCAUCGAGGACCGUGAGAAGCCGUACGCCUGUGACAAUAGAUGCAAACAAAAGCAUAACUCCAAACCUUCUGAAAGAGUCUGCGGAAAGCGUUACAAGAACCGCCCGGGACUCAGCUAUCACUAUGCACACUCCCACCUGGCGGACGAGGAGGGAGACGACGACAAGGACCUGGAGCCACCGAUUCCGGUGUCGCAGCGGAGAGAGGAACUGGGUCGACCUCCAGGCGACUUGAGAAAAUUGAAAGCAGCUAAGAAAGGUCCAGACGGCCUGGCUUUACCCAACAACUACUGUGACUUCUGCCUGGGCGACUCACGCCUGAACAAGAAGACGGGUCAGUCAGAGGAGCUGGUGUCCUGCUCGGACUGCGGCCGCUCAGGACACCCCUCGUGCCUGCAGUUCACGCCGGUGAUGAUGGCAGCGGUGAAAACCUACCGGUGGCAAUGCAUCGAGUGCAAGUGUUGUAAUCUGUGCGGCACCUCGGAGAACGACGACCAGCUGCUGUUCUGUGACGACUGUGACCGCGGCUACCACAUGUACUGCCUCACCCCGCCGAUGUCCGAGCCGCCCGAAGGGAGCUGGAGCUGCCGCCUCUGUCUGGAGACACUGAAAGAAAAGGCGUCAAUCUACCAAAAUCCGAACCCUCCCCCCUCCUAACUGGCCUGGCCCACGGAGAACGGGGCCUCCCGGCGGGGCAUCAGCAGGGCUGGAGGGUGAGGCGGGGUCGGGUGAGCUCCCACGAAAUCUCAGUGGCAGGAGUGGUCCACACAGUUCCUCUCGAGUCACUCACCCAUAGAACAGGUCUUUGUGUGUGUGUGUGUGUGUUCGCGCCUCUGUAUGCACAUGCAAGCCUCUGUAUCUACAUACACGUGUGUGUGUGUGUGUGUGUGCAUCUGUCGUCUGUGUGCACGUUUGUAUGUGUGUAUACGUUUGUGUGUGUGAGAGAGAUUGGGAGGGAGAGAGAUGGAUCUCUUAAUUCCCCUGUGGGAACACUACAAUGUUAAGUCUGAGAUGGCUGAUGGGACCCGGUGUGAUCUCCCCAACCCAGUCCUGUCGGAACCCCCACUGGGCUCAGUCCAGAUAUCCAGGGGCUGGGGCAGGAGCCCUUCACCUUUCCCAGUGCGCUACCCUUCGCCCUGACUGUACCAGGCUACCUCUCCGACCACCCUUCUCCCUCCUCACCCAGCCCCCUCUCUCUGCCUGAGGGGCACUGUGGGUUCCUGCCCCCUUCUCCACCCACGAUCCCGCCGUAAGCAAGACCGGGGUGCCUAGGCGCGUUCAGAAGAAAGUGUGUUGGUGCGGGUUGUUCCUGGAAUAGCUGGGGGUUGGGGGCGGGCUGGCCCUGCUUCCCAUCUGAUCAGGUUGUUUUCUCCUGCUUGUCUCCGACCUCCCGGUAUGGGGGGGGGGGGGGGCGGGGGGGGAAUGGGUGUAUAUCGUUCGAACGGUAACUUCACUCCAGUGUGGUUCUUGGCUGUCUACCCCCCCCCCCCCGCCGUCCGAAUCAGUGCUGUUUGUUCCUUCCCAUCCCGCUCACCGUGUGAUACACACUUCCAACGCUGGGGGAGCUCGGCAGGUCAGGCAGUGUCUAUGGAGGGGAAUGAACAGUCAGACAUUUCGGGCCAAGACCCUUCAUUGGGACUGCAAAGGAAGGGGCAAGAAGCCCAGAAUAAGAAUUUUGGAGGGAGGGGGAGGAGUACACAAUUGCAAGUGACAGGUGAGACCAGGUGAGGGGGAAGGUGGGUGGGUGGGAGAGAG